GAAGAGUCUCUGCAGGGUACAAGCACAUCACGUCCUCCCUGUCCUUCUCUUGUCUCCCCCCUCCUCUCUCUCCUAUAUUUCUCUCCCUCCUCGAUCUCACCUCCCACCAACGCAGCCUGAGGCGUUUCCUUCAUGUUUCCAGUCAACAUCAGAGAAGAAUCAUAGCUAUUUAUCCAUUUUAUGUUCCUGUUGUCAAUUUUUAUGUCGUUUUUUUCCCCUCCGUUUAUUUUCCUCGGGGUCUCAGUCACUCCUUUUUGCUCCCACUUGUCCUCCAGCAACAGGUUGUGUGUGCCAGUUGUGGGGAGGCUUGGCUCUAACUUGAUGCUAUUAAUACAAGCUAAUGAACAGAAUCUGGAGGGUAGGUGAUCCUCUCAGGUUUGUUGGCUGGACAUUGAAGGGGAGGAGCAGGAAAAGAGGAGGGAAAAGCUGCUGCAGCGGUUUCACCACCCGUCCUUUCCUCCAAACAGAGCCCUGCUGGAAAAAUGGAAGAAUCUGAAACCUAAACAGAUGCUUUAAGUUUCGUUUCUUACACAAGUCGACAGCACUGAACACUUUAAGUCUCCAUAUCUCUCUGGACGUUUUGCAACAGAGGGCGGGCCUGUUACAUGUCUAAUUGUUCUUUGGUGUAUGGAGCUUUUGGCGUACCUGUAGGCAGUUAAACACGACCGGAGCCUGAAAUAUUCCCUCCAGUUAUGAACUCUCUACCAGCUUACUCAGGAGCUAGGAUAUCUGGCUGUUGGACUUUAAGAGCUGAUGGCAGCGGAGGUGGGGAUGGAUCGCUGGACCGGCUCCUUCCCUCCGUCAGCAUGGGCAUUUCUCCCAGGAAACGAACCACCAGUCAGUGUAAAUCUGAGCCUCCUCUGCUGCGAACCUCCAAACGGACCAUCUACACGGCAGGUCGGCCGCCAUGGUACAACGAGCACGGAACACAGUCCAAAGAAGCCUUCGUCAUUGGUCUGUGUGGCGGCAGCGCUUCAGGGAAAACAACCGUAGCCAGAAAAAUCAUCGAAGCCUUAGAUGUUCCAUGGGUUGUUUUACUCUCCAUGGAUUCUUUUUACAAGGUUCUUUCUCCAGAGGAGCAGACCCUGGCUGCCAGUAACGACUAUAACUUUGACCACCCUGAUGCCUUUGACUUUGGUCUGCUCACACACACUCUACGUAAACUCAAACAGGGCAAAAGUGUGAAAAUCCCCGUGUACGACUUCACCACUCAUGGGAGGCAGAAGGAGUGGAAAACCGUUUAUGGAGCGAGUGUUAUCAUAUUUGAAGGAAUCAUGGCCUUUGCGGAUAAAGAGCUGCUCAAGUUGUUGGAUAUGAAGAUCUUUGUAGAGACAGACUCUGACAUCCGCUUAGUGCGCCGACUCAGGAGAGACAUCACAGAAAGGGGCAGAGAAAUCGAGGGCGUCAUCAAGCAGUACAACAAGUUUGUGAAGCCGGCGUUCGAGCAGUACAUCGAACCGACCAUGCGCCUGGCUGAUCUGGUGGUCCCACGUGGCGGUGGCAACAUGGUAGCCAUUGAUCUCAUCGUGCAGCACGUUCACAGCCAGCUGGAGGAGAGGAAACUUCGCUGGGAUAUGGCAGCCCUGGCUUCGGCGCACCAGGCCCAACCCCUCCCCCAGACCCUCAGCGUUCUAGAGAGCACCCCUCAAGUCAGGGGCAUGCACACUAUCAUCAGAAACAAGGAAACCAGCCGAGAUGAGUUCAUCUUCUAUUCUAAGAGGCUGAUGCGCCUGCUGAUUGAGCGAGCACUCUCCUUCCUCCCCUCACAGAUCCACAUCGUCCAGACUCCUCAGGGAGAGGACUAUGUAGGCAGGACGUUCUACGGGAAGAGGGUCACAGGCGUGUCCAUCCUGCGCGCCGGGGAGACCAUGGAGCCAGCUCUCAGGGCUGUAUGUAAAGAUGUCCGCAUCGGCAAGAUCCUCAUCCAGACCAAUCAGGAUACGGGAGAACCCGAGCUUCAUUACCUCCGUCUCCCCAAAGACAUCGGCGAAGAUCACGUCAUCCUGAUGGACUGCACCGUGUCCACUGGAGCUGCAGCCAUGAUGGCGGUUCGAGUCCUGUUGGAUCACGAUGUGCAAGAGGACAAGAUCCUGCUGGUUUCUUUGCUGAUGGCGGAGAUGGGUGUCCACUCAGUGGCCUAUGCGUUCCCUCAGGUCAAGAUCAUCACCACAGCGGUGGACAAGAAGGUCAAUGAUGUCUUUCACAUCAUUCCUGGAAUCGGAAACUUUGGGGAUCGGUACUUUGGGACGGAUGCACCUCCUGACUGGAGUGACGAGGAGAUGGAUGAGCCCAGUUACUAAAUUGCUCAGGACUUCACCGUUCCGAGGAAAACGAAAAGAAAUGUGUUUUAUCUUUGUCUGAAAACGUCUCGGAUUUUUUAAUGAUCAAACUGAACUGACCUGAGAACUAAACUAAAAACAGGAUAUUCUUAUUGUAACAUUUCUGCUGUAAAUUAUAUUGUCUGGAAGCUUUUUUAUUUGUAAAGUACCUUGCAGAGGAUAAAUAUUUUAUUUAAUGCCUAAAUUGUGACAAUCUCUUUAGAAAUUAGCUAAAUAGUUUAGAAUAUUUGUCUAGCCUUAAGUUAUGUACUGUGGAUGACAACUGAAUGUGAAAAGUCAAGCUCUACUGUCGUUUUUUUUACAUAUGCCUCCUUCCUCGCAACUUUCAGAAAAGUAAAAUCGGAACAUGAACUCAUCUUUACUCUACUUCCAUCGCCAUGAGCGCUUUCUGAAGGACCAUUCAAUCGGAAAAUGUGUGGGUGUGUUUUUUUUUUUUUUUUAGCUCUCGUUCACCCUUUCCCUUCUCUGUGGAUAGUGACCUCCACCAGUUGAAGAAAAAAAAUACAUGCUGAAAACAGUUUUUCAUUAUACAGCUUUAAGUGUGCACUUGUGGUGAAUAUUUAUGCUGAAUGUUCUUCAUUUACAUGUUUUCAUUAUGGAUGAAUCUGACCAGUCGGAGAGCUGGUUGUGCUGCUCCCCUUUUCUUUUUUUGUUGCUAUCAAACGGGUCAUCUGCAUACAGCAAACAGAUGAAGUGUUCAAAUCAGCUUCACACGCUCUGAUUUAUGUCGGCCAUUUAUGCUGCAGCUCGGUUAAGAACUUGAGAUGUCUACAGAUCAAAAAGUGUCCUGAUAGUGCCCGAUCUCUGUUUGUUAGCUUUAUUUAAGUUAAUUCCGCGGAUCGGGUUGAUGCUGCCUUUUUAUUUUCAAAAAAUGUAUUUUAAACGGUGCAAUUUUUGUGGAAAAAAUAGAAAUGUCCUCAAAGGAAAAUAUUGUUCUUUUUUAUGAUUUACAUUUCUUGGAAUUUCCGUGUUUAAAUUUCAGAGAAGUGUUAACAAAUUAUUUAGGAGACAAACGUCAUAAAGUGUUAAAAUUGUAUGCACUCUAUCCAGACACAAACUAGUACAGAUGUUUUCUGUGCAAUAAUCAGCUGAUCGUUGGACUGUUUACUGUUUUGCUUGACAUUUUUUUGCACUUUUAACAAUAAAAAUAUAUAUUUGAGUAAA